AAAGUCUCUUCAUUAAAUGUUUUUAUGACUCUGCAGCCGUAUCUGCUUUGUGGAGCUCAAAUAAUCUCCUACUUUCUGUAUCUCAUUUAAAUGCCUCCUGAGAAUUAUUUCUCUCCAAGAGUUGAUCAAAGUAUGUUUGAGAACUCGGUUGCGCAGCAGCAGAGUCCCCUGACGUCCCGGACAGGUCUGCCAUCGGCCCGACGCUCCCCUGGCUCAGCUAACCGAAACCCGAGCAGCGGCUCUAUCGACUCACCUUCCUCUGGAGGCCAACAGAGGCUGAAAAACGCCAUUAACCUUGGCAAAGCGGUCGGGGCAAAGGUCAAUGACCUGUUGAGAAGAAAGGAGCCCAGCCACCUGGGGGACAUCGGGGUUACAGAGGUCAACAAGAACAUUGGUGCCGUGUGGAACUGUGUGGACCAAGUCAACCGGACUACUGCCAGCAGUCACUUCUCCAUUGACUCCUUCCCGCGGUUGGACCCUCCACCCCCCUCAGGGAAGAAGCGUAUUCCACGUGCGUUGAAAACCACCCAGGACAUGAUGAUCUCCUCGGAUCCCGUGGUUUCCUCGCCGGAUCCCGCCGACUCCACGUCCUUCCUCUCCUCCCCUGAGAAGUCGCCCCUUUUUGCCGAGAAAGAGAUGAGAAGCAUGGAGGUGGAACCCCAAGAAGACAAGGAGCAAGAGGAGCUGAAAGCAGGAGAGGAGCACGAGGACUCACCGCGAGACCCGGAGGAGCAGACAGGUGACGCUGACAGGACGAUAACGAGACACAGCGACCAGACGGACGGACAAGAUUUUCAUCUGAAAGAUGAGGUUGUAGAUGGUGGAACUGAAGUGCCUCAGCACCUGCUGCACCUCUCAGUCCCAGAUCUGAUCAACAAAGAUCCCCCUCUGCUGGAGGCAAGAAGCAAGUCCUGCGACGUCUGGCAGAAAGCGUCCGAGUCGGACUCCCGGCUGGCCUCUACCCCCCUCUCUGGGAAAACCCCCUGCCGUAUCAGUCUGGGUGAGGAGCUGCAGGUGGGGAAUGGCGCCCUCUGCGGCAGAAGCACUGCAGUGAGCGGCGAGGAUGCAGAGCCCCACCCAGACCUGCUGUCGUUUGAGUAACGAUCAGAGCCGACGGGUCCAAGGAAAGCUGACCUGAAUGUGGGUCAAACAUUCACUGCCACCUUUAAAAAUCCAGUUUGUUUUUUUGCUUUUUUGUUGUUGUUGUUGUGAAGGGAAAAGGGAACAAGUACUUUCUGGAGCAGAGGCAGGCGGGGAUGCGUUGGCAUCCUACGGGACUGACCGGACAUCGGUGGAACCAGACGAUAAUGAGAAACACGAAGAAAGAAAACAGGUUGGAAAUGCCAACAAACGAAAACAGAUUGUGAGUUUAAUCACAGCAAAUGUAUUUUUCGUGUUUUUAUGGCGGGUUUGUUACGGAUCACAUCCGCUUUGCUUUAAUGUUAAACAGCUAGAUCGUAUAAAAAUGGCAUAAUUUUUUUGUUUUGUUUUAUUACUGCUUAG